UACCAUGUAUAAAAGUCUAGCUGCAGCUUCUGCUCAGUUACAUCCUUACUUUUCUAUUCAGAUUCUCCUCCUGGAGGUUUUGCAUUAGAUUUGCAAAAUGAUGAGCAUAUCUUUGAUCUGGGGGAUUGUGGUAGCAAUCUGCUGUUGUUUGUGGCUUAUUCUUGGAAUGAGGAGAAGAAAAAUGGGUGAACCUCCUCUGGAGAAUGGGCUGAUCCCUUACCUGGGGUGUGCUCUGCAAUUUGGUGCCAACCCUCUUGAGUUCCUCAGAGCAAACCAAAGGAAACAUGGUCCUGUUUUCACCUGCAAACUGAUGGGAAACUAUGUCCACUUCAUCACAAACCCCCUGUCAUACCAGAAAGUGCUGUGCCAUGGGAAAUACUUUGAUUGGAAAAAAUUUCAUUUCACUACUUCUGCAAAGGCAUUUGGGCACAAAAGCAUUGACCCAAGUGAUGGAAAUACUACUGAUAACAUAAACAAAGCUUUCAUCAGAACUCUGCAGGGCGACGCCUUGAAUUCCCUCACGGAAGCCAUGAUGGAAAACCUGCAACUUAUCAUGAGAACUCCGGCUGCACCUGAGUCAAAGAUGCCUCCCUGGGUGACAGAAGGGAUGUAUGCCUUCUGCUACCGAGUGAUGUUCGAAGCUGGGUACUUAACGCUCUUCGGCAGAGAUCUUAUGGGACAAGACGCACAAAAGGCACUCAUUCUAAAAAAACUCGACAACUUCAAGGAAUUUGACAAAAUCUUCCCGGCCCUGGUAGCAGGCCUCCCCAUUCAUGUGUUCAAGACCGCACACCACGCCCGGGAAAAACUGGCUGAGGGCUUAAGGCACGAGAACCUGGGAAAGAGAGACCACAUGUCAGAACUGGUCAGGUUUCUGAAUGACAUGCUCUCCACCUUAGACGACAUGGAAAAGGCCAAGACGCAACUCGCUGUCCUGUGGGCAUCACAAGCAAACACCAUUCCGGCCACUUUCUGGAGCUUAUUUCAAAUGAUGAGGAGCCCUGAAGCAAUGAAAGCAGCUACUGAAGAAGUGAAUAAAACACUAGAGAGUGCUGGUCAAAAAAUCAGCUUAGAAGACCAACCUAUUUGUUUGAAUCAGAUGCAACUGAAUGACAUGCCGGUACUAGAUAGUAUCAUCAAGGAGUCGCUGAGGCUUUCCAGUGCCUCCCUGAACAUCCGGACUGCUAAAGAGGAUUUCACUUUGCACCUCCAGGACGGUUCCUAUAAUAUCCGCAAAGAUGACAUCAUAGCUCUGUAUCCUCAGUUAAUGCAUUUAGAUCCAGAAAUCUACCCAGACCCUUUGACAUUUAAGUAUGAUCGCUAUCUUGAUGAAAAUGGGAAAACAAAGACCACCUUCUACAGCAAUGGACUCAAAUUAAAAUAUUACUACAUGCCUUUUGGGUCAGGAGCGACGAUAUGUCCUGGAAGAUUAUUUGCUGUCCAGGAAAUCAAGCAAUUUUUGAUUCUGAUGCUUUCCUAUUUUGAAUUAGAGUUUGUGGACAGCAAUGUUAAAUGUCCUCCUUUGGACCAAUCCCGUGCAGGCUUGGGCGUUUUACCACCAUUAAAUGACGUAGAGUUUAAAUAUAAAUUCAAACAUUUGUGAAUACACGGCUGGGAGCAAGAGGAAAUAAGCUGAUGUGACAGCGUGUGCAAUGCCACCACUUCCCCGUCCACUUGGACAGAUGCAUGUAGUGGUGUCGUGCUGGUCAUCGGUGCUUGCUUGUGAAUCCUAACAUUUUGGUGAUGGUUUCCAGAAGCUAUCUCAGACUGUGUUAAUGAAAGAAUCUAGUUUCCAGAAGCACACUGAUGUUUUCAUUUGAAUAAGUUAAUGAAAGCUCAUGUAGCCAAGGACUAAACUUCAUUAUUUUCAGAGGAAAAAGUCUUUUGUUUUCCCAAAUGAAGGUUUUCCAAUUGGCAGAAUUUUUUUCCUAAGGAAAGUGCUUUUAUAAAAACCAUCCAACAAUUGUGAAAAAGUUAUAAAUUCACGUUUUAGUGAAACUGCAUCAUUUUUUGACUAGAUGUGGAACUCUUCGGGUGUAGAUGUGUAUUAUAAAGGAUAUUUUAAAGGAUUAUGUUUUUUAAUGAAAAGAACAUGUUUUUAAGUUUCCUUAGAUCCAGUAUUCAGGAAUUUUAAAAUAAUGAUCUGUUGUCCUGAUAACAUUAAAAUGGCUUUAAUGUUUUCCCUUUUUAUUUCAGCUACUCUUUCUAGAAAAUCUAAUGUCUAUGUCAGGUUUCAAUUAUUUUAUUUAUACUUUCAUUUGAUUCCAUGUUAAUGAGAAGAUUUUAUUUUCCAGAGAAGGGAGGUUUUCUGGUAUUACUAAACAUGCAUCAGUGAAAAGAGUGAAGCUCUCAUGUGAUGUUUUUAAAAUUAAAACUGGAUGAAAAUGACCAUUUAAAAGCUUUGGAUAUGAAACAUCAGAAGAGUUUGUGACUUCACACUGUAUUCUAUUUAAAUAAAUUACUUUUUUUUAAUCUUUAAAUGACUUUUAAUUGAAAGAAAAAUAAUUUAAGUCCAUAUGAUAGUGUUUAACUACUGUGUACAACAAUGCUUUGGUAAAAUAGUUUAAGUAUGGGAAUUAUCAGCUGUAAUAUUUUUAUUGAUAUUCCUGUAUGUAUUUAUAUAUCAAUUAUAUUUACCUUUCUCUUAUACUACAAACAUUAAGAAAAUAUUGUAACAUUUGGUAAUUUUGAAAUGAUUCAUCACUCAGAAAUAAAAGUGUGAAUGUGCAUGC